AAGUGGCAGUUAACACGUGGAACAGGUGUUGAGUGUGACAGGCCGGGACAGACUAUGAUGAGUGCUUUCUGAAACGUCAGAUUUCUUUCCGCGCCGUGGCUCUGUUUUAGAUCGUCAGUGAACAAUGCCCCACAUACGAGUGCUAGAUCGAUCUGGACACGGACUCAACUUUGUGGACGUGGAUGGUAAAUGGUUUCCCGGGGACGUCGAUGAGCAGCUCAUCCGGGAAAUCCCAAACAUGGAAAUCCGAGAUGAUGACGUCAUUAUUUGUGGCUGGAUGCGUUCAGGGACGCACUGGACAUUUGAAAUGACCAACAUGAUCCUAAGUGGGUGUGCCAAGACUGUAGAGAUGCCCAAACAAGACCAAAUGAUCGAGAGAAUAUCCCUGAACCAGCAGAGGGCAAUUUCCUCCCCACGCGUCCUAAAUACGCAUCUUCAAUUUCACCAACUCCCUGUUGGGGCGCGACAAAAGAAAACAAAAAUCAUCUUACUUCUGAGAAACCCAAGGGAUUGUGCUGUGUCGUGGUUUAAUUUUCAGAAGACGAUUGAAUAUUUUGAUUAUGACGGCAGUUGGGAGGAUUGGUUGCAGCUAUUCCUGGAAGGAAAGGUGGACUGGGGUUCCUGGUUUGAUUACGUCAGAGACUGGGAGAGAGUGCUUGACCAAAACCCUGACCAUCCUGUAUUUGUCCUUCACUAUGAAGAACACAAAGCUGAUCCAGUUGAAACUGUGAAACGGUUGUCAAGGUUCCUUGACUGUCCAGUGUCCACUGAUCUCUGUCGGGAAAUAGCAGGCGAGUGCAGCUUCCACAAGAUGAAGGAGAAUAAGCGUGAUUUUGCCUGGACAUCCCAGAGUGGCGUGCACGUCCAUUACCGCAAAGGCAUAGUUGGAGAUUGGAAAAAUUGGUUCACGGAUCGACAGUGUGAGGAGUUUAACAAAGUGUAUCGACAGAAGAUGGCGGGAUCUCGUUUUGAAAAACUUUGGUCAUCCUGAAACCUGGUCGGCUUACUAUAAUGGCCUGACUGGAAUCGAUCGACAAGCAAUACUGUUGUACCCAAUGAUAUGCCCUGAUAUAUUAUCAAACAUUGAUUCAAGUCAGACACACGUAGGCACGCAGGCACGCGCGCGCGCACGCAGGCACUUCUUGGAAACUUCCUAUUUUGGUAAAUGGUCGGUUAUGAAUAACAUUGACAACGACACUAGAUCUUCACAAACAUUCCACUCCUACUAAUGUAAAAUAUAGCUGACCCUGAAAGUUGGAAGGGGUAGAUGGCAAAGAACAAACAUUAAAUCAUAAGUGUGGAGUUUCUUGACAAAUGUACAUGCCUUAUAUGCAUUAAUAUCCAGAAACUAGGAAUACGAGAGGCCAAUUCGGAUAUGGCACCAAUAUCCCCGCAAAACACACACACACACACACACACACACACACACACACACACACACACACACACACACACACACACACACACACACACACACACACACCAGUUCCUGACUCACCUGAGAACCAAUAUGACUUGGCAUAACUCCUUACUUUCGUUAAUAAAUAUAUGAAUAUUACGAUAAGAAUC